CACUACAUUCUUUUAUUAUUUUUUCUCGUCGAUACUUCCAAAUAGUUUUUGUGAAACUUUGAUUUCCUUUUGCAAAAUUGAAUCUACAUGCCAUUUAUUUUUGCAGAACUGGACAAGGAUGCACGUUCUUGGACAGUGUACACGGACGUCGAAGCCCAAGUGAGGAACAUGAUGGCGUCGUUAAGGGCUGUAUCAGAACUGCAAAACCCAGCGAUAAGGGACAGGCAUUGGCGAGAAUUAAUGGCUGAAACGCGGGUGGCGUUUAGCAUGACCGAUAACACCACACUGGAUGAUUUGUUGAAAUUACAACUACAUAAAUACGAAGAAGAAGUUAAGAAUAUCGUGGCCAAGUCAGUGAAAGAGAUGGCAAUGGAAAAAGUGCUGAAGGAGCUUCACGAUACUUGGAGCAGUCUCGAAUUUCAGAAGGAGCCUCACGAACGUACAAAACUAAGCGUUCUUAAAAUCGACGAGGAAACUAUCGAAAUCCUCGAAGACAAUCAAGUGCAACUGCAGAAUAUGUUGAGUUCGAAAUACGUCGGAUACUUCCUUCAGGAUGUUCUUGAUUGGCAAAAAAAAUUAAGUACCGCAGACUCGGUGAUCAACGCCUGGUUCGAAGUUCAACGAGCGUGGAUACAUCUUGAAAGUAUUUUUAUUGGCUCGGAAGACAUCAGAAGUCAACUUCCGGAAGAUUCGAAGCGAUUUGAAAAAAUUGACAGAGACUUUAAAGAAUUGCUAAGAGAGGUAUUGAGCAAUUUAAACAUCGUCAAGUCAACCAAUCGUCCAAAGCUUCUAGAAAAGUUGGAGGAGCUGCAAGUUCAGUUGAAUAUUUGCGAGAAAGCUCUAGCAGAUUACCUGGAAACAAAAAGAUUAAUUUAUCCGAGAUUUUACUUCGUAUCUGCAGCUGAUCUACUGGAUAUUUUAAGCAACGGUAAUAAUCCGGAGUUGGUUUGCAAACACUUGUCGAAAUUGUAUGAUUCUAUCGCGAACUUGGAAUGGAAAUCAAAUGGCGAUAAACGUACGAAAAUUGCGAUUACCAUGAUUGCGAAGGACGGUGAACACAUGCCAAUUCACGGAUCUUGUGAUUGCAGUGGGAAGGUGGAAAACUGGUUGAACAAUGUGACAGACGCAAUGAAAAGAACAGUGAGGAAUCUUAUAUCUCAUGCAGUAGCCACAUACGAAGAGAAACCAAGGGAACAAUGGAUCUUUGAUCACGCAGCCCAACCAGCCCUCUGUGGAAGUCAAAUUUGGUGGACAACGGAAGUGAACAUGGCCUUCAUGAGACUCGAGGAAGGAUUCGAGAAUGCGUUUAAAGAUUAUCAGCGGAAACAGAUCCAUCAGUUGACCGUUCUGAUCGCUAUACUGUGCGGGGAUCUGAAUGAAGGGGACAGGAGGAAGAUCAUGACAAUCUGCACGAUCGAUGUGCAUGCCAGAGAUGUUGUUGCCAAAAUGAUAGCAAUGAAAGCUGAAAAUUCUUCCAGCUUUCAAUGGCAAUCACAACUGAGACACAGAUGGGACGACAAAGUUCACGAUUGUUUCGCUGAUAUUUGCGAUGCAUACUUCAGAUACAAUCACGAAUACUUAGGGAACGUACCACGAUUGGUUAUAACACCUUUAACAGACAGAUGUUACAUCACUUUAACGCAAUCUUUGCAUCUUGUAAUGGGCGGGGCACCUGCUGGACCUGCGGGAACAGGCAAAACAGAAACUACAAAAGACUUAGGGAGAGCAUUAGGCCAAAUGGUUUACGUGUUCAAUUGUUCAGAGCAGAUGGACUACAAGUCUUGUGGAAAUAUUUACAAAGGCCUCGCUCAAGUGGGAGCAUGGGGUUGUUUCGACGAGUUCAACCGAAUUUCGGUGGAGGUACUUUCUGUGGUUGCUGUACAAGUGAAAUCGGUUCUAGAUGGAAUCAAAAGUGGUAGACCAACAUUUUCAUUCUUCGGGGAAGAACUAAAUCUCGUUGUAACAGUCGGAAUGUUUAUCACUAUGAAUCCUGGAUACGCUGGAAGAACCGAGUUGCCGGAAAAUUUGAAAACUUUGUUUCGACCCUGCGCGAUGGUAGUCCCAGAUUUUGACUUGAUCUGUGAAAUAAUGCUGGUAGCCGAAGGUUUUCAAGAGGCCAGACUGUUGGCUAGGAAAUUUAUAACCCUUUACCAGCUCUGCCGUGAGCUUUUGUCGAAGCAAGAUCACUAUGACUGGGGUCUGAGAGCAAUAAAAUCGGUUUUGGUCGUCGCUGGAAAAUUGAAGAGGGACGAUCCUCAAAGGCCCGAGGAUCAAGUAUUAAUGAGAGCCCUUAGAGACUUCAAUGUCCCAAAAAUAGUUACCGAUGAUGUACCUGUUUUUAUGGGACUCAUCGGUGAUUUGUUUCCUGCCUUGGAGGUGCCACGAAAAAGAGAUUUAGAAUUUGAAUUAACAGUCAAGGAGUCCGCUGUUGAUUUAAAACUACAACCAGAGGAUGGUUUCAUAUUGAAAAUUGUUCAACUAGAAGAAUUGCUCCACGUUCGCCAUUCGGUUUUCAUUGUUGGGAUCGCUGGAACAGGAAAGACCGAAGUUUGGAAAACACUCAAUCGAACUUACUUUAACCAGAAAUUAAAACCGUAUUAUAAUGACCUGAAUCCAAAAGCUGUAACCAACGACGAACUUUUUGGAAUCAUUAAUCCAGCCACUCGCGAAUGGACAGACGGAUUAUUCUCGAUGAUUAUGAGAGAUCAAGCAAACAUGGCAGGAAACGACCCAAAAUGGAUCAUAUUCGAUGGUGACAUAGAUCCAAUGUGGAUCGAAUCGUUAAACACCGUCAUGGAUGAUAACAAAGUAUUGACACUGGCCAGUAACGAAAGAAUCGCUUUGACGGAUCAAAUGAGACUCUUAUUCGAGAUUUCCAAUCUUCGAACGGCUACACCAGCUACUGUUUCCAGAGCUGGGAUCCUUUAUAUAAACCCACAAGAUAUCGGAUGGUACCCGUUCGCAAUCAGCUGGAUAGAGACAAGGAACCCAUCCGAAAGGGCAAAUCUGACUAUACUAUUCGAUAAAUAUGUUCCACCCCUUAUAGAAGUGAUGAAACAUAGAUUUAAGAAAAUCACCCCACUGCCAGAAAUUUGUCACGUAGAAAUGCUUUGCAAUUUAUUGGAUUGUUUCUUGACCAAGGAAAACGUUCCACCAGACUGCCCAAAGGAAUGGCAUGAAUUAUAUUUUGGGGUUGCUUGUAUUUGGGCAUUUGGAUCGGCAACUUUUCAAGAUCAGUUAAUCGAUUGGCGAAACGAGUUCAACAAAUGGUGGCAGAAUGAAUUUAAAACGAUCAAAUUUCCCACUGGCGGCAACGUGUUUAAUUAUUACAUCGAAGAUGAAACAAAAAAGUUGGUUCCCUGGACCGAGAAUGUGAAGCAAUUCGAAUUAGAUCCGGAUAUACCACUGCAGUCUACCCUGGUGUCGACCGGCGAAACAACAUGUUUGCACUUUUUCCUGGAUAUUCUCAUCAAGAAAAAAGUGCCAGUGAUGCUGAUAGGUGCAGCAGGUUCAGGGAAAAGUGUAAUCGUGGCUGAGAAAUUGGGAUCCCUAUCUGACGAUUACAACGUCGCGAACAUACCCCUUAAUUAUUACACUUCUUCAGAAAUGUUGCAAAGAAAUAUGGAGAAACAUUUGGAGAAAAAAACUGGCCGAAAUUACGGUCCACCGGGUAUGAAGAAAUUAAUAUAUUUCAUUGACGAUAUGAAUAUGCCGGAAGUCGACACUUAUGGCACUGUGCAACCUCAUACGCUUUUCAGGCAACACAUUGAUUACAAUCACUGGUAUGACAGAACGAAACUGACCUUGAAAGAAAUUCAUAAUACACAAUACGUAUCUUGUAUGAAUCCCACUGCGGGAAGUUUCACGAUAGAUCCCCGUUUGCAGAGGCAUUUUGCUGUUUUCGCAGUUAAUUUUCCAUCUGGCGAUAAUUUAAUUAGGAUCUAUAGCCAAAUACUGGAUCAGCAUUUGACGAAUCCGUUCAAUAAAUUCAACUUGGCAGUAAUAAAAAUUGCUGAGUCCUUAUUGGCUGCAGCAUUAUAUUGUCACGGAAAAAUCUCAACUACUUUCUUGCCAACUGCGGUUAAAUUUCAUUAUGUGUUCAAUCUGCGCGACCUAUCGAAUAUUUUCCAAGGUAUACUUUUCGCCAACGGCGAGGCUGUGCCAACGACCAAUCAUUUAAUACGAUUAUAUGUCCACGAAGCGUUGAGAGUUUAUUCCGAUAAAUUGGUCAGUGUUGAUGAUAAAAAAACGUUUGACCAAUUGUUAAAGGAAUCGCUCCGUAAAAAUAUUCCUGAGACAGAUGAAAACAUUAUAUUUGCCGAGCCAACGAUAUACUGUCAUUUCGCGGAGGGAAUUGGUGAACCGAAAUAUAUGCCAAUUAGAGAUUGGCAACAGCUGACAAAAUUACUGGACGAGGCUUUAGUGAACUACAAUGAAUUGGUAUCAGCUAUGAAUUUAGUUUUCUUCGACGACGCAAUGUAUCAAGUGUGCCAAAUAAAUCGUAUUUUGGAGUCACCAAGAGGAAACGCACUUCUGGUGGGAGUUGGAGGAACCGGAAAGCAAUCACUUUCAUCCCUUGCAUCCUUCAUAUCAGGCUUAGAGAUUUUCCAACUGCAAUUGAAGACAGGAUAUUCGAUAACUGACUUGCGAACCGAUCUAGCAGGUUUAUAUUCCAAGGCAGGACUCAAAGGAAUCGGAAUUACUUUCUUAAUGACAGAUUCCCACGUCGCCGACGAGAGAUUUUUGGUUCUUAUAAACGAUAUGCUUGCUUUCGGUGAAAUAUCAGAAUUAUUCGCCGACGAGGAGGUCGAUAAUAUAGUAAAUUCUGUAAGAAACGAGGUGAAACAAACUGGAAUGAUCGACAGCAACGAAAACUGCUGGAAAUUUUUCAUCGAUCGCGUUCGAAAUCGAUUGAAAUGCGUCCUCUGCUUUUCCCCCGUUGGAGCAACGUUGCGAACCAGAGCCAGGCAGUUCCCAGCAAUCGUAAACAACACUUCCAUCAAUUGGUUUCAGAGUUGGCCACAAGAAGCUUUAAAAUCGGUUUCUACUAGAUUCUUGCAGGAAUUAGAGGAUUUGCCGCAAGAAUAUAAGCAGUCGGCUUCUCUGUUCAUGUCGUUUGUGCAUACUAGCGUCAACAAUAUUUCCGCACUUUAUCUGCAGAAUGAGAAAAGAUAUAAUUACACGACUCCAAAGACAUUCUUGGAGCAAAUAGCUUUGUACUCGAAGUUACUCGUGGAGAGAACCUAUGAUAUAAAUGCGAUGAUACAAAGAUUGAAGAAUGGUUUAGAGAAGUUGGAAUCUUGCGCUGGUCAAGUAAGCGAAUUGAGAGUUGUUCUGGCAGCUCAAGAAGUUGAAUUAAAAAAGAAGAACGAAGUUGCAGACAAAAUCCUGGCAGAAGUUCGUGCUGAAAACACUAAAGCAGAAGCUGAGAAAGCCAUUGUCUCUGAAGAGGAAGGAAAAAUAGCAGAAAUAAAGGAAACAAUAGCUGAAAGACAAAAACGUUGCGACGAGGACUUGGCGAAAGCAGAACCUGCUGUUAGGCAAGCUGAAGCUGCACUUGAUACUUUGAAUAAGAGCAAUCUGACCGAAUUGAAGUCGUUUGGAACGCCACCGGAGCAAGUGGCGACGGUAGCGCAAGCAGUUUUGGUUCUGUUUGCACCUAAAGGACAAAUACCGAAGGACAGAAGUUGGAAAGCGUGCAAGGCAAUGAUGGGAAGUGCAGACGGAUUCCUAUCGCAACUACGGAAUUACGACAAAGAGAACAUUCACCCUGAAGUAGUUAGAGCUAUUCAACCCUACAUUAACGACAAAGAGUUUGACCCAGAGAUUAUUUAUUCAAAGUCUCAAGCAGCUGCAGGCUUAUGCAGCUGGGUAAAAAAUAUAAUGGUCUUCCAUUAUAUUAAUGAAACCGUGAAGCCACUGAGAGCCGCCCUUGCGCAAGCAAAUGCUGAGUUGAAAGCUGCUAUGGAUCACUUGAAUGCCUUAAGAGCGAGACUAGCGGAAUUGCAAAAAGUGCUCGACGUUCUGGGAGACAAAAUGAACGCUGCCCUUGCGGAGAAACAGAAAUGCCAAGACGAAGCCGAUGCUACUGCCUUAACAAUUGACCUUGCAAAUAGAUUAGUGAAUGGUUUAGCAUCUGAAAAGAUUCGGUGGACUGAAACCGUGCAAACGUUGAAAGACUCGGGAGUAACAGUGCCAGGUGACAUUCUUCUCGUAACUGCAUUUCUUUCGUACAUGGGUUGCUUCACACGAAAGUAUAGAACUGAUUUAAUGAAUGAAAAUUGGUUGCCGUUUUUGGAGAACUUGGAAAUAAAAAUACCACGAACCGCCGAUUUAGACGUUUUAGGUUUAUUAUCCGACGACGCGCAAAUUGCUCAAUGGAAUAACGAAGGUUUACCAACCGAUAGAAUGUCCUCCGAAAAUGCAACAAUUUUAAUGAAUUCUACGAGAUGGCCUCUAAUAAUAGAUCCACAGAUGCAAGGAAUAAAGUGGAUAAAAAAUAGAUACGGAGAAGAAUUGCAAGUACUUAGACUUACACAGUCCAAUUAUUUGAGCCUCGUCGAAAUUUCUAUUGCAAAUGGAGGAAUUGUUUUGAUUGAAAAUAUUAUGGAAACGAUCGAUCCUGUCUUAGAUCCUGUUAUUAAGAGGGAUCUAAUAAAGAAGGGAAGGGCUAUCAAAAUUUGGGAUAAGGAGAUAGAUUACGAUCACCGUUUUCGACUGAUCCUGCAGACGAAGUUAGCCAAUCCUCAUUACAAGCCUGAAAUACAAGCGCAGACGACUCUCAUCAAUUUCACUGUAACAAAGGAUGGUUUAGAAGAACAGCUACUGGGAGAUGUCGUUAAAGCCGAAAGGCCUGAUUUAGAAGCUAAGAAAGCUGAGCUGACUACUCAACAAAAUACUUUUAAAAUUACUCUCAAAAUAUUGGAGGACGACCUCCUACACAGAUUAUCAACAGCAGGACCAAAUAUUCUAAGUGACGUCGAUCUGGUGAUAAAUCUGGAGACCACAAAGAAAACUGCUGCAGAUAUAGAAAUAAAGGUGGCAGAAGCCAAAGUGACGGCUGUAAAGAUAGACGAAGCCCGAGAAAUUUAUCGCCAAGUCGCGACCAGAGCCAGCCUUUUAUAUUUUGUUCUGAACGAUCUUAGCAAAAUAAACAUGCUCUACCAAUUCUCUUUGAAGGCUUUCAGUGUCGUUUUCCAGAAUGCUAUUAAGUUCGCAGAACCCGAGGAAAAUUUACCGAAACGCGUUAAAUUCUUGAUCGACAGCAUCACUUAUUUAGUUUUCAUUUACACUAGCAGAGGACUGUUCGAAAGUGACAAAUUGACGUUCCUUUGUCAAAUGACCAUUCAGAUUUUUAUGCAAGCGAACGAAAUAACGCAAUCGGAGCUCGAUUUUCUUCUUCGAUUUCCAUACAUUCCUGAUCUAGUCAGCCCUGUGGACUUUCUCACGAACGUUGGUUGGGGUGGGAUUAAAUAUUUGAGUCAAAUUCCCGAUUUUCAUAAUUUGGAAAAGGAUAUAGAGGGUGCUGCGAAAAGAUGGAAAAAAUUCGUAGAAUCAGAAACACCGGAGCGAGAAACGUUCCCUCAGGAUUGGAAGAAUAAAACUGCAUUGCAACGAUUGUGCAUUAUGAGAUGCCUCAGGCUGGAUCGAAUGACAUACGCCUUCAGAUCGUUCGUAGAAGAAAAACUUGGCGCAAAAUUUGUCGAAUCCAGAUCUCCUCCUUUUCAUAAAUCCUUCGAAGAAACCAGUUCGAUUACACCUAUAUUCUUUAUCCUGUCACCGGGUGUUGAUCCUUUGAAGGAUGUAGAGAAGCUCGGAAGUCAACUGGAUUUCACUACUGAAGGAAGAAAUUUCCAUAACGUGUCCCUGGGCCAAGGACAAGAAACCGUAGCUGAGGAAGCAAUGACUAUUUCGGCGAACGAAGGCCACUGGGUGAUUCUGCAAAAUGUUCAUUUAGUUAGGAAAUGGUUGCCCACUUUGGAAAAGAGAAUGGAACAGCUUUCGGAAAAUCCGCACAAUGAUUAUCGGUUGUUCAUCAGUGCCGAACCCAGCGCAGAUCCUCACGAGUCGAUAAUACCUCAGGGUAUAUUGGAAUCAGCCAUAAAAAUUACAAACGAACCACCAUCUGGAAUACAAGCAAACAUUCACAAAGCAUUGGAUAAUUUCAGUCAGGAAACUCUGGAUUCCUGUAGCAAAGAAACUGAAUUUAAGGCGAUAUUAUUUGCGCUUUGUUAUUAUCACGCAGUGCUUGCCGAACGCCAAAAAUUCGGAGCGCAGGGCUGGAACAGAUCUUAUCCGUUCAACUUUGGAGACUUAACGAUCAGCGUGUCCGUAUUGUACAAUUAUUUGGAAAACAGUGUCAAAGUGCCUUGGGAAGAUCUUCGCUAUUUAUUUGGAGAGAUAAUGUAUGGGGGCCACAUAACGGACGAUUGGGACAGAAGACUAUGUAAAACGUAUUUAAUGGAAUACUUAAAGCAAGAACUGGUGGAAGGCGAAUUAUAUUUGGCUCCGGAUUUUUUGGUACCACCAAAUAGUGAUUAUACCGCGUAUCAUCAAUACGUUAACGACUAUUUGCCCGCUGAGAGUCCCGUGCUGUACGGACUUCAUCCUAACGCUGAAAUUGGAUUUUUAACGUCGACUGCGGAAAAUUUGUUUAAAACGUUAUUGGAAAUCUUGUCGCAAACUGCGAGCGCUGCAGCAGACGGUGAGGUGUCCAGAGAAGACAAAAUAAAAGGAAUUAUAGAAGAUUUGUUAGACAAACUACCAGAAGAAUUUAAUAUGCAAGAACUUUACGGCAAGGUCGAAGAUCGCACGCCCUUUGUUACGGUCGCAUUGCAAGAAUGUGAACGAAUGAACAUUUUGUGCGACGAACUUAAAAGAUCCCUUCGUGAACUGGACUUAGGUUUGAAGGGUGAACUAACGAUAAAUGCUGAAAUGGAAGACUUACAAAAUUACAUAAUGAUCGAUGGCGUCCCUCCGUCCUGGACGAAGAAAGCUUACCCUUCAGAUUUAGGAUUAAAUAGCUGGUUUGCCGAUAUGUUGAACAGGAUAAAUGAAUUGUCCAACUGGACAGCAGAUUUUAACCUACCCUCAUCCAUAUGGUUAGGUGGCUUUUUCAAUCCUCAGUCGUUUCUGACUGCGAUAAUGCAACAAACUGCGCGAAGAAACGAAUGGCCAUUGGACAAGAUGUGUUUAAAUUGUGAAGUUACAAGAAAAUUUAAAGAAGAAAUCACAAUAGCACCAAGAGAAGGUGCAUAUAUAAACGGAUUAUACAUGGAUGGUGCACGAUGGGACAUGCAAGCAGGAUGUAUCAUGGACUCUCGAUUUAAAGAACUGUAUCCGCUAAUGCCAGUAAUGUAUAUCCGAGCAAUAACGCAGGAUAAGCAGGACUUACGAAAUAUGUACGAGUGUCCAGUGUAUAAAACACGAUCACGAGGUCCCACUUAUAUAUGGACUUUUAACUUGAGGACAAAAGAUAAGGCCAGUAAAUGGAUCCUCGCCGGUGUAGCUGUUUUAUUACAAAUCUAAUGGUAUUACAUGUAUGAUCUGUUAUAAUUAUUAUUUGAAAUAAAAAUAAACUUUUCAAUUGAAAACAG